AUGCCAUUUGCCAAACGGAUCGUUGAGCCUCAGCUGCUGUGCAGACAUCCCAUCCCCAAUGAUGAAGGGUUGCGGUUCGAGGAUCUGCGCUCCAUCAGCAAUGUGGUUCUAUCCCGGACCCUGCGGCAGCUGUCCGACCUGGCCAAAAGCGCCUGCUCCUUAUUUCACGAGCUUGAGAACGAAAUCGUCUGCACAAACCAACGGGUCUGGGCACUGCAGAUCAAAAUAGGCAAAAUCCAGCAAACCGCCAGUGCGCUGGAUCCGAAACUGGAGGCUGUGCGUAAAAUUUUAACCUCACCAUUUCUCUUAUUUCUGUCUUUCUCUCUAGCUGUAUCAAAUCUGGACCUUGAGAGUAAACUAACGUCGCACUAUCAGGCUCCAUGGCAUCAGCAGCACAAUCUGUUCCACUCGUGUACACGGCCACCAUGCCUGGAGGAGUUACACCGACAUGCCAAGCUCAACCUGCGGGCAUUGCACAGAGACCAGCAGCAGCAUCAGCGUUCAACCAGCAGAGAGCGUGGCCGGGUCACCAUAUCAAUAUCUGUGGCUCCGCCCAUGCCAACCUACCCCUCAACUCACAAACUCAGAAGACGUGAGCAGAAGGGCCGACACUCACGUCUGGAGAGGAGCGUGAGAGAGAGUGAUGCGCAGACGAUUCAGAGGAAGGAGAGGCCAGCCAAGGAGGCUGAAUUCAAGCCAGUCCUCAGAAAGCACCAGCGCUUGUGUUCAUCCUACCCUAUUCAGUGUUGUUUCUUCAUACCCUGGAUUAGAAAGGCGGGCACCAACACGGAGACAGAUGGAGAAAUGCCAGUGCCAAGCCACAGGCCUAAAUGUCCAGUUCCCAACGUCCCUACCACCUUGGACAAACAGACCAACUGGCCCAAAGCCCUUCCUCUUCCCUCACCAGAAGAGAGAAUGAAGAAUGACUCUCAAGUGAUUUCAUCCUGUAUCAUUCCCAUCAAUGUCUCUGGUGUUGGAUUUGACAGAGAAGCCAAUGCUCGCUGUUCACUUGUUCACUCGCAGUCAGUUCUACAGAGGCGUCGGAAACUCAGGAGGCGAAAAACGAUAACUGGCAUCCCCAAACGAGUUCAGCAAGACAUGGACUCUGAUGAAUCACCUGUGGCUAGAGAGAGAACAGUUAUCAUCCAUGCCAACCCACACAAGUCACUGUGGCAUGAGGAGCACUCUCUGAGCGGCCGAGUAUUGCACACCAAGGACUCUGGCUGUCAGACAGACGACUUCCUGAUUGCUGCCCCAUCCCGAAGGCGUAUUCGUGCCCAGAGAGGUCAAGGAAUUCCAGCCUCUCUUUCACACUCCACAGGAAACAUCACCUCCCUGCCGGAUCACUCUGAUGCGGUGUAUGCUGCAGCAUCAGUGAUGCGAGUCCGUUCUAGGAGCUUACCCCGUGAAGGUGGCCGGCUUCUAGAUGAGGACCAAGAUGACAGUGAUGACGAUGAUGAUGACGAAGAUGAAGAUGAGGAGCUCUCUCCUUAUGAGGCUGAAGACUUCCUGCCAGGCCCAGGACAAAGAAUUCUAAAAGAUGAGGAGGAGAGUACCGACGACCAGGCCAUGCCAGAGCUCCAGUUUGGAAGUCUUAAGCAUAUGCAGCACUCCGGGAGCCCUGACCACACAUGGAUCGAGAGAGGCAGAUCCAGGCUCCCACGAAAAGUUGACAUGGGUAGCUGUGAGAUUUCCUCCAGCUCAGAUACUUUCAGCAGCCCCAUCCACUCUGCCUCCACUAAAGGAGUGCUAGGUAGCCAGAUCGACCAUAAAGAGGACCACCAGUCCUCAAGUGGCAACUGGAGUGGAAGCAGCUCCACAUGCCCAUCGCAGACAUCCGAGACUAUCCCGCCUGCUGCCUCGCCUCCCCUGACUGGAUCCUCACACUGUGAUUCAGAACUUUCCCUCAAUACUGGCUCCCAUGUUAUUGAUGACACAACUGGCUUUAUAAUUGACCUCUACCACUUGGACAAGCCACAAGGACAGGGGCACAGGUCCAAUUCUUUUACCUCAUCAGCGACUGAUCAGAUGGAUGAUGCAGGAGUCAGCACUGCAAGUGAUGGUGAGUGGAAUUUCACUCAGGACACACAGGAUCAGCUCUGCCCCAAAGAUUUCAGCCCAAAGCAUUCAAGAGAAGAUGAGAGUGGUGUCAGCUGCCCCAGUUAUUCCAGUGGGGAAACGUAUGAGAGCUUCAGUGAACAACCAUCCAUGGGGAAAUCAGAGACACGUUACAUCGUUGACACUGAAGGAUUCUAUUCCUCCAUGCACUUUGAUUGUGGUCUUAAGGGUAGCAGAAGCUACUACAACUAUGCAGCCAUUGACCCUGACUGUGGCCGAAGUGGGAAUAUAGUACCUGGCAUGGGUGAAUAUGCUCAGUCAGAAUACAGAACCACCAGGACACUGGGGAGACCGUGUCUCUCUUUAAGAAAACCAAAGGCCAAGCCACCCCCACCAAAACGUAGCUCUUCAUUAAAGGAAACAAGCAGCAGUGUGAACGUUCUAGAGCAGAACGAACCAAAGAUUACUAGCGAGCUGCCACUGCCCUUGUCUUCCAGAGAGAUGAAAUUGCAGCUGGACUUGGCUGGUUCUGCAGGGCAUCUUGAGACAGCAGGUCUCGAGUCACUUGGUGCAUGGGGAGUGGAGAACGUUAGAGAUAUACUCGACUGCUCCUCUCCGUUUAGUUCCUCUGAUACGCAUUCCUUCAAGGAUGAAGGUGCUGUGCAAGCAGACUAUGCAGACCUCUGGCUCCACAAUGACAUGAAAUCGAAUGACCCUUACAGGUCUCUGUCUAACUCUAGUGCUGCUAUGGGAACAACUAUUAUUGAAUGCAUCAAGUCGCCAGAAAGUGCAGAUGCCCGUCAAUCCAGGUCCAGAACUACUUCCCCAACUCUUCCUCCACCUGAGGGUGAAUUCAAGCUGAGUUCCCCUGAAAAGCUGGCAGGCUUGGCAUCCCCUUCCAGUGGAUAUUCUAGCCAAUCUGAGACCCCUACAUCUUCCUUCCCCUCUGCAUUCUUCCCGGGACCAUUGUCUCCAAACAGUGGUAAGAGGAAACCCAAGGUCCCAGAAAGGAAAUCUUCACUUUGUUCCCUCCAACAGCCACAGUUCUCUGUCAGAGAUCCAGGCAGGAGAGAAACUGACUUCCAGGCCAUACCGCCCAGUCACCUUGACCUUAGUGCUCUUCAAAGCAAGCACUUUCCUCACAGGAAUCAAAUGCACAUCCUCCACCAGAACAAGCAGAAAGCUGCAAUAGCUGCAGCUGCUGCUGCAGAAGCUCGAAAUUCAGCUGCCACAUCUUCUACAGAAAAAGCAGCAAGUGCAGAAUCUGGUUCAUCCCAUUUGACCAUCACUCCGACUGUUCUUAGGUCCGUUCAAUUGCGAUCUAUUUGUAGACAAGUUGAAGGAAACCGAGCGUGUGAUCUGGUCAGUGUUAAUCAAGCAACUCGUACCAAGUAUCCCAUGGUAAUUGAUCCCCUAUCCUCUGGGAACAGGCAUAAUAGGAAACCGCCAGCCUACAAACCCCCAGUGGUGCAGCUUUGUGAGUCGCAGGUUCCACUGGUAGACAACAUUGUUCUUCCGAAGGAGGAGGUGAGAGUGAGACAGGAGAGGCUUGGUCCUGGUACGUACUGGGCGAUGACUGCCUUCAGAACACCUGCAGACCCUACUCCUGAAAAAGAUGAACCUUCAACCAUAUCGUCUCUAGGUUCUGAGAUGCACAACUCUCAGCAAGAACAAGACAGCAGAAGGUAUCAAGAUGAGCAACUGGCAUUUUCACCAGAGAGACUUAAACAAGUACUUCGUCAACUAACGCAGCCAGACCCUUCAGCAGAGCCCUUGUGUUUGGCCAGCACAAUGCCACCCCCAGCUUACAGUGAGAUUCCGAGAAGCAAUUUUGUACUGUGCAACAGUCCUGUCAAAGUGCCUGUUUCUACUCAAGAGGCAUCUCACACUUACACUAUCAGCGAUGUACAAGGCAGAGAGGAGGAUUAUGAGACAUCAGGUGUCACAACCAGAAGUGCCUCACAGGACAUAAGGGAGGAAGGGUCAACCCCAGAAACAGAGGACUACUUUAGCAAGGAGUCAACUCCAAGUGACAAUUCAACAUCUCCUUUGACUGAUGACUCAAAACCUGAUGAUGAUGAUAGUGUUUUCCCAUCCCCCAACAAACUACGCACAACUGAAGAUCUGUUUGCUAUGAUACACAGAUCUAAACGGAAAGUUCUCGGACGUAAAGAUUCGGGAGAGCUGAGUGUAAAAAGUCGGCCUGGUGUAGUACCUGCAACAGCCACUGUCAGUAAUCCUCCUUUUUGUCCGGUCACCCCUACUGCCUCAGUCCCUCCAAACAUCUCCCAACGAGCCUCAGGACCCAUCUACAGAUGUGCCAAAAAGUCCAGCACAUCCAGUGAGGAGUUCAAACUCUUGCUUCUGAAGAAGGGUAGUCGCUCAGAUUCGAGUUAUCGCAUGUCUGCUAUAGAGAUCCUCAAGAGCCCCAUCACACCCAAGUCUCAAGGAGAGCUGCUAUUAGAGGAUGUAAGGCAAUUAGAAGAGCCCCCCUCAACCUUACAAGAUUCUCCUUGCAGUGGGGAUCCCUUUCCGACUCCAUUCCCUAAAGCCAACAGUGAAGGAUUCUCCCCAAAAACACUUACCAUGUCAGCUGCCUCCAGACAGGGAAGAUCCAGAAUUCCACCUGCGGCAAACAGCAGCCGCUAUAGCACGCGGAGUCGGCUCUACACGGCCCCAAUGCAGGCCAUAUCAGAAGGAGAGACUGAGAACUCGGAUGGAAGUCCACAUGAUGACCGCUCCUCUUAGUUGCAUAACCAUUUUUUAAUCACUUAGCAAAAUGAUAAAUCUUUAAUAAUAUAUAAACUUUUGGAAGUUCUAUUUGAACUGUAUGAAAGUGCUGUACAUCUAUUAUGGUCUACCUUAGUUUUCAAUCUAAAAUGUGUGUUGCAUUGAAAAAAAAACUUGAUUUCUUUUAACUACUUUUGUACUCUAGAGGUCAACUGAAAUCUUGGACAGAGAUUAAUUGCAUUAAUGAAUUGUGUGAAUUGUUGGCAUUGUCAUUGAACAAUUAUUUUCAUCAUAAUCCCAAAAAGGUGAAAUCAAAUGUAUGACAGUCUUUUUUUUUUUUUUAUUGUAAAGAGUUAACUUAUUGUUUAUUUAAUAUAAUAGAAAAUCAUUUUCCAUCAUCCUGUUACAAAAAGACUGUUUGAAUUGUAUUUUAUGAUCCAGUGCAGAGUUUUGUGGUACCCACAAAGUCAAUAUACAGUCUAGUUCAUAGGUAUACAUCAGUAGGAGUUAGGAUUUAGCCGGCGUCAAACUAGACGAUAUUUUCAGCGAUUUUUCAGGCAUAACCUUUAUUUACAUAAUCACCGGCCAAUCAGUGAAAGACACAGUAUGGAUUAGCAUCUACCAGCGGGAGGUCAUUAAUCCCUUUACAGUCUGGACUCUGCUGAGUUAAUAGCUCUGAGAACUGAAAAACUAGAACAACCUUGUUAGAAAAAAUUAUUCUGUUGCUUGUCCAGGGUCUGGCGGUUUCGUCAGAAGACUAAAUAGCUUUCUUUACUGAAGGACUGAUAAGAUGAUCUGAACAUUUUCAUCUGUGAUCGCAUUUACAUCAGCACAUCCCCUCAAACACAUUGUAAUCCAUAGUGCUUCUGUCUUCAAGCAUUUUUCUGGAGUUCUCCUACACUAAAAUGACUAAUAAAAUAAGAAAGUGGAGGCAAAACAUGUUGAACAAAGCUUAAUAUGGACAUGUGUAACAGGAGCUAGCUGGUACGUGAUAGCUGUGUGGUUUGUGUAAGCCUCACUUCCCUGGCCUCAAUAGGCACACUAGCCACUGACACUAGAGGCUGCAGCCUUUAUCCUCCUUGUUAGCGCACCGCCUCCCAUGCCGGCUGACGCCAGUUCAAAUCCUGCUCUGAGCGGUUCGAGCUGGACCAGUUACGCAUGCGCGUUCUACGGUGAACCUCGAGGGGAUAAAUACACAAUUACACACAUUUACAAGGUAUUGCUACUCGAUCGCAUCCUAAAUCUCUCUAUUAUAAUUUUUUAUGUUCAUGCAGUGCACCUGUUGUUAUUUCAGCAAUCUAUUUACAUCCACCAUUUUGAAUCCAAAUGAAGAGUGUGAGAUCUCACGAAAAUAGUUGGUUAGUGUAACACCCUCCGCCAAAGUCAAGUUGUUUGGAGUCGUCUAGUGUGACGCCAGCUUUACUGAGGACAAUCGCACCAUGGCCUUUCUUAGAAUGGUGUCAAAGUGUACAAUGGGAAGGGUUUUUAGACAAUAUGAAGCCAGAGAUGUUAUGAACAUACGUAAGUCUAGAAGUAGACUGGUUUGCAGAAACCUUAAAUUCUUUUUGCACUUAAAUAUAAUACCUUAAAUAUACAACCUGGCAUGGAAUACUGUUAUUGAUUCACCACUAGAAAUCAAGGCAAACAGUAAGUAAUCCAUUUCUAGCGUUCAGAUUAGAUAAAUGGAGCAUCUGUCACGUGUGUGUUUAUUUUAUCUUGCACUAGCCUGCAGCAUUCCAACAAUUGUUAUGAGAACUAACUAUACCCUUUUACCUGUGUUUAGUUUACCUUUUCUUCAAAGACCCAAAUUGGGUUGUAUAUUUCUGUCAUGUUUUUCACAGCCAGCAUCCAACAUGGAAGAAUUUUGUGCUUGAGAAGAAAUGAGGACUUCAGAGAAACUUUGAUCUCAAUGUAUUCUAUGAAUACCAUUACAAUCAAACAUACUGUUCAACUGAAGAAGAAUGGAAUUUUUUUUGGGAAACUCCUUGGAAUUAGCUAGAUUUGUCAAGUCUACACUGUGCCACUAAAGGGAAGGUGACAAGCUGUGAAAAGAUCAUCCGUUUCUGAUGAACGCUUUUUCGUAAUUGAGUUGCUUCAUCCUUUGUACAGCAUGCAAUACAACACUAGAACAUGCCAAAUAGGCAUCUCCACCUAAAAAUGUAUUUCCACUUUCAGUUAAAUUUGUUAAGUAUGUUAUAUAGUUAAAUCUAUGUUCAGUAAAUGUACAAAAUGUAUAAGAUUUGUUCAAAUGAGCAGUUUUACAUCAUUGCAUACGCAGUUUGAGCUUUAUCCCUAAAGUGGAGGAACUGUUUAUCCAAGAGGCACGAGAAUUGAAUUUUUAUUAUUUUUGUUUUACGAGAAGAGACAUUGUCAGAUAUUUUCUCAUGAAAUUUAGGGGUUGCAAUGCAUCAGGGUUACGUCUAUUCUUUCAUUAUUUCUCCUUUAAUAUAACCCUGUCUAAUGGUUGUCGCAAUUAACUUUGCUUUAUAACUAACGACUUUUGGACGUGCAAACUUUCCCUCCUUUUUCCCCCCUCUUGUGUCCAUGUACUAGAACUAAAUCUAUGAAGUCUUCUUUUAGAUUGCAUCAACAUUUAAUAAAGAAAAAAAAAUAUUUUUAAUUAUGGGAUAUUUUAUCCAGAGAAAUAUUUUGUUAAUAAAUUUGGAAAAGAAUAAUAAUAAAGCUUUAUUUAAGUAAAAUAAGAAGAAAAAUAUGUUUGAACAUAUUUCAUAUCAGGGUUGUAUAUUGGCCAACGGUGAAGAUACUGAACUUGUAAACCUUUCUAAUUAGCUGUAAAGUUGCAUUCUUAACAAAUAAGCUACUAGGUUAUGUGACUAUAGUUAAAUGUUGGUGCUUUGGAUUCUAUACCCAGGCCAUAUUCUGUUAUUGUUGCCAUUCAGAAAAUAUUACCAUUACACAACACUCGUGACAACUCAAAAAUUCAGAUAUGUAGCAAUGUACAGUAAAUGUCUUUCUGUUUUUAUUUCAGCUUUCAUACACUACUGAGGCAUCACCUAGUGUUACCUGUAGUGAAGCUGACCAGUCAGUUUAGGCCUUCUGUUUAGUCUAAAUAUUAAUGAAGGGAAAUCACAAAAAGGGUCAUUUGUUAUAGGUAUUUUACCUCAACUCAGCUUUGGAGUGUCUUAAACAUGUAAGGUACUUACCGAUCAUAUCAAUGAAGAAAGAAAUAUCAUUUGUAAAACAAGAAACAAAAAAGACACUCCGUUGAAGGGUAUUUUUUUUUUUCUUCCUUUGUUGUAACUGAAGUGUCAUAAUUCAUCUUGGACUGAUUCUGUGUUUGAUUUCUUUUUUUAUAUGGAUACAUUGUUGUUGUUUAAUUACCCUACAUUAAUGGAGAAGCACAGUCUGUAUUUGCCAAAGGGUUUCAGGUGUGUACUGGUGUGAUAUAAUUACAAAUUAUAAUUAAGUCUGUUGAUGAACAAAUAUUACAAAUAGUAAAAGUGGAAAAAUGUCUUGGAACAAGAUGCAUCUCACUCAGUUACAAUAAAUAGGAAAUAAAUCUCACUCCGCAUCCAGGCUCCGAUAUUAUAAUCCAUUUUGUAUUUUUGUAUAAACUUGUACAUAUGAUCUUUUUAAAGUAAAAAAAAGAGAGAGAAAGAGAGGAAUGACACAAAUGUUUCAUUUUGUAAAAUGAUUUAAAAGUUUACAUUAAUUCCAAGCCUUUGUAUAUUUUUGAGCUGUGCACUCUCAGUCCUGUAUUUAUUUUUUUUGUAAACAUUGUGGGAAUUCCAUUGUAAAUUUGAACCAUUUCUUGCCAGCUCAAGUGACUGCUUAGUAACUGUGCAUAGAGAAAGCCAAUAAAUGUGACUGCAUUGAAAAGUAACUCUUGGUGGUUGAAAUAUGAUCUAUAUUUUCAUAAACAGCAUGUCAACCCUCUUACAGUUUUAGUAGACUCAAAAAGUCACAGAUAAUACAAAUUCUAUCUGAUGCCAUUCUGUACUGCUUAA